AUGACGUCAGGAAUGAUAGAAAUUCGAAGGGGGUUUUCACGCCAUUUAUAUGUUCUGAUAUCUUUUGAUGCUGAACAUUGGAGGCGAAUCAUCGGCACGGGCAUCUUUGCAAGGCCGGGCCUGAUCGCAGAGUCCGUUGGCAGCAUUGACCUUUCACUCUCUAACUAUGUGGACUUUCUAUGGAGACAUUUGGACUGGGGCAUGUUGACUUUGUCAAAUGCGAUGUUCAAAGUUAGCUAUGCAUAUGCCGGGAUGGUCAAUGCCAAUACCGUUCUAAACGAAGUCAGCAAUCCUAUACCUACGUUGAAACUCGAGGCUCUCGUGGCUCCCGCGGCUCUUGUGACUGCAACAUCUUUAUAUCUACUGAUCAACAUUGCUUAUUUUUGUGUGAUACCCCUCGACGAUAUUAAACGCAGUGGAGAGAUUAUUGCUGCGUUCUUUUUGAGAAGGUAUUUUGGAUUCGGCUUGGGCAAUGUCACACUGCCACUUGCUAUUGCAAUUUCGUCUGCGGGAAACGAUAGGUCGUUUCGUUCACAGCGGUAUGUCAUUAAUACAACCUGA